AUGCUGCUGCUUCUGCCCCUGCUCUUCACGGGGAUUCUCUGCCAUGGGCCAAACACAGAGGCUACCCAAGUUCUAGGACCCCACCAUCUAGCAGCAGAAGAACCCAUGACUUUUCACCUGCUCCAGAUCUCUUCCUAUGCCAACCAGAGCUGGGAGAACACCCAGAGCUCAGCCUGGCUGGGCGAGCUGCAGACUCAUCGCUGGGACAAUGCCUUGGGCACCAUCGACCUUCUGUGGCCCUGGUCCCAGGGUAAUUUUAGCAAGAAGGAGUUGGAGAACAUCCAGGCUCUAUUGCAGUUGUACUUCCAUAGUUUUCCCCAGGAAGUGCGGAAGUUUUCCAGCCAGUUUCAGUUUGAAUAUCCCUUUGAGAUCCAGAUAUCAUCUGGCUGUAGCAUACAUCCUGGGAAAGCCUCAGAAAGCUUCUUAAAUGGGGCAUAUAAAGGAUCAGAUUUCCUGAGUUUCCAAGGAAAUUUCUGGAAGCCAUCUCCAGGAGCAGGGAGUCAGGCCCAGAAUGUCUGUAAAGUGCUUAAUCGCUACAGAGUUAUUAAAGAGAUUCUGAAGAGACUUCUCAGUGACACCUGCCCGCGAUUUCUGGCGAGCCUCCUUGAAGCAGGGAAGUCAGAGCUGGAACGACAAGUGAAGCCAGAGGCUUGGGUGUCCAAAGGCUCUAGUCCUGGUCCUGGGCGUCUGCUGCUGGUGUGCCAUGUAUCUGGCUUUCACCCCAAACCUGUGUGGGUGAGGUGGAUGCGGGGCGACAAGGAGCAGCGGGGCGCUCAGCAAGGUGACCUCCUGCCCAAUGCUGACAGAACGUGGUAUCUUCGAGUAACCCUGGACGUGGCAGCUAGAGAGGCGACUGGUCUGACUUGCCGGGUGAAACACAGCAGCCUGGGAGGCCAGGAUUUAAUCAUCCACUGGGAGGGACACCCCAUCCUCCUGACGUUGAUCUGUUUGGCUGUAAUAGUUACCCUGGUUAUGCUGGUUGUGGUUGACUUCUGGUUUAAAAAGCAGAGUUCAAAUCGGAAGGUCUGCUCUCCCCAUGUACCCAACCUCGCCUUUCCCAAAGAAGCCAACAUCCAAGAGCCCAGGAGUUCAGGAAAUCAGCUCUGCUUGCCACAGAAAUCAUGGAUGAAAAACAAAUUCUUGAAGAAAUGGAAAAUAAGCCUAAACAAAUUCUGA